ACUGCUCAAACCUGUGCCCCAACCAUGACGGCCCAGGAGGACUCCGAGGGCCAGACACAGCAUGAGUCCCUGGGCUCAGCAGGCACUUCCGCCAGGGAACCCCCGAUGCCCCUGCCCACAGAGCCCAAGUUUGACAUGUUGUACAAGAUCGAGGACGUGCCGUCUUGGUACCUGUGCAUCCUGCUGGGCUUCCAGCAUUACUUGACCUGCUUCAGCGGCACCAUCGCUGUGCCCUUCCUCCUGGCUGAGGCGCUGUGUGUGGGCCAGGACCAGAACAUGGUCAGUCAGCUCAUCGGCACCAUCUUCACAUGUGUGGGCAUCACCACUCUCAUACAGACCACACUGGGCAUCCGGCUGCCACUGUUCCAGGCCAGCGCCUUUGCUUUUCUGGUUCCAGCCAAAGCCAUCCUGGCCCUGGAGAAAUGGAAAUGCCCCCCGGAAGAGGAGAUCUACGGUAACUGGAGUUUGCCCCUGAACACCUCUCAUAUCUGGCACCCACGGAUACGGGAGGUCCAGGGUGCAAUUAUGGUGUCCAGCACGGUGGAGGUGGUGAUCGGGCUGAUGGGGCUGCCUGGGGCCCUGCUCAGCUAUAUUGGGCCUCUCACGGUCACCCCCACUGUCUCCCUCAUUGGCCUCUCCGUCUUUCAAGCUGCUGGUGACCGAGCUGGCUCCCACUGGGGCAUCUCAGCUUGCGCCAUUCUCCUGAUCGUCCUCUUCUCCCAGUACCUGCGCAACUUCACCUUCUUGUUGCCUGUCUACCGCUGGGGCAAGGGCCUCACUCUCCUCCGCAUCCAGAUCUUCAAGAUGUUUCCUAUUGUGCUGGCCAUCAUGACUGUGUGGCUGCUCUGCUAUGUCCUGACUCUGACGGAUGUGCUGCCCACAGACCCAACAGCCUAUGGCUACCAGGCACGAACCGAUGCCCGUGGGGACAUCGUGGCCAUUUCGCCCUGGAUCCGCAUCCCCUACCCAUGUCAGUGGGGCCUGCCCACAGUGACUGUGGCUGCUGUCCUGGGAAUGUUCAGUGCCACACUGGCGGGCAUUAUUGAGUCAAUCGGAGAUUACUACGCUUGUGCCCGCCUGGCUGGUGCGCCACCCCCUCCAGUGCAUGCUAUCAACAGGGGCAUCUUCACCGAAGGCAUCUGCUGCAUUAUCGCGGGGCUAUUGGGCACAGGAAACGGGUCCACCUCUUCCAGUCCCAACAUUGGCGUCCUGGGGAUUACCAAGGUGGGCAGCCGACGCGUGGUGCAGUACGGAGCGGGUAUCAUGCUGGUCUUGGGCACCAUCGGCAAGUUCACGGCCCUCUUCGCCUCGCUCCCUGAUCCUAUCCUGGGGGGCAUGUUCUGCACCCUCUUCGGCAUGAUUACAGCUGUGGGGCUGUCCAACCUGCAGUUCGUGGACAUGAACUCUUCCCGCAACCUGUUCGUGCUCGGAUUUUCCAUGUUCUUUGGGCUUACGUUGCCGAAUUACCUGGAGUCCAACCCUGGCGCUAUUAACACAGGCAUUCCUGAAGUGGACCAGAUUCUGACUGUGCUGCUGACCACGGAGAUGUUUGUAGGCGGGUGCCUUGCUUUCAUACUGGACAACACAGUUCCAGGGAGCCCAGAGGAACGAGGUCUGACACAGUGGAAAGCUGGAGCCCAUGCCAACAGUGAAAUGUCUACCAGCCUCAAGAGCUAUGACUUUCCCUUUGGGAUGGGCACGAUAAGAAGGAUUGCCUUUCUGAAGUACAUUCCUAUCUGCCCAGUCUUCAAAGGAUUUUCUUUAAGGUCAGAAAAUCAGCUUCCAGUUCCAGAAGACACUCCAGAAAAUACAGAAACUGGGUCUGUGUGCACCAAGGUCUGA